AUGUCCUCUGAGCUUCUGAACUUCAUCGUCCAAAAUCUAAACCGUGAACCGUUUGAGCUCAACUACACGCCUCUUCAACUCGAUCAGCUACCUAGCAACCAGCUGGUACAGCUGCUCAGCGAUGUUCUCAGGUUUUACAAGAAAAAAAAGAAUUGGUUCCCAACUAUUUUUUUUUGCAGUUGGAUAUUCAACACUGAUAAAAUCGACAUUCGUCGAGAAACUUCGGAAGACACGGCUAUUCGAAUUUUGCACUCUUUGAAAAUUCUUCGUUUCAAACCGCCUAGCGAUAUCGAAGAAUUGUGAUUUAUCAAUUUCAUGAGACUAAAGAAAUUUGAAACUUUCUAUUUCCUGAUUUUUUUUCAAGUUCAUUUACUAUCUGAACUAAGAAGCUUGUGAAAUAUUAGCUUUUUAAGCUGAGGAUGACCGAAAAAAAGAAAUUUCUUCUUCGAAAUUGUUGCCCAAGUCCAAAAACUUAAUUUCUGAUCAGCGUUCGAAAUUAUUUCGACAUUGAUGAGUUUGGUUCGGACAAAAACGCCAAAAAGCUGUCUUGGACGCGUAAGGAUUUUUUUCACCCUAGAACGACGAGCUUUGUUAGUGCUCCAUUCAUCCACAAAAAGUUCAAACACUUUGAAAACAUCGCGAGCAAUCAAAUCAAUGCACUGAGUCUAAAAGUUAAAAAAGCAAAAGAUUGUUUUCUUAAACCUUCAUGGAGUUGAGAAACCAUCAUUUUUAAGAGAAGAGUGGCGAGCUGGAAUUGUCGAAGGCGCGAAGAAAAGCGUUUUCCCCGUCCUCCACUACAUUUUCGAUAACAUACAAAUGCUCAAAGAAAGAGCGUAUCUUGCUACGUUUCUCAUGAAGGUAUGUGUUUCUGAAUGAAAAAUGGAUUUUUUUUUUGAGCGAGAAACUUUUUUUGCUCAAUUUUUUAAGAGUUAAAUUUCUCAUCCUGUCUCUAAAUGUCCAGAUGAAAUUUUUCAAAAACCUUCCUUACAUUUUUUUUUGGGUAAUUUCUGCGCAUUUACUAGAUGUGCAAUUAGGAUUUUGCAAUAUACAAAGGUGUAAAAAUUUUUGAAUUUCUAUUACAAAAAGGGAAAAGAAAUACACUAUCAAAAGUUUUCAUCAAGGUUUCCAUAGAGUUUUUUGGCGAAUUUCUGGAAAAAUCUAACAGCAUGAGGAAAAUGAAUUUUCUUCGGAGAUUUGUUGAACGAAAAAAAAAUUUCGAUAAAAAUGAGUUGAUGCAUGAGAGGUCAAAUUUCAGACAGAUGUUCCCAGUGAUGUUCACGAUUUUGAUACAGCGCAGCUACAAAACGAGAUUUCCGUCCUGAUGGAUCAAUUCAAAGUGAUUGGUUUAAAAAAGUUCUUUUUGGGAAACGACAGCUCUAACAAAAGAAAAUUCCAACGGAUACUCGGAGAAAAAGGCGUCUUGGCUUUUUGGGAAGAGCUUCAGAACAAUAAUGCCACUAUGUACGAAAAGAUAUCGAUUCCAGCAACUUCAUGCAGCAGUUGUCGAAGUAAACACGGAUGUGAUUAUUUUGGGCGACAUAAAACAAGAUUUGCGUUCCAUGGAACAGGAAAAGGAGACGUUGCAGAGAAAGAUUGAGAAAGCUGAACGGAAAAUUAAAGAGAUUCCUUACUUCGACAGGUUUGACUUUUUUGGCAGUUUUCUUGUUUUUGAAAAAAAUUAAGAUACUAAAAACAUUUUUUACAUACAAGUCAUCAAUUAGUGCUUGUUAACAUCAAUUGUAAGAAAACUAGGCUGAGCUAAUGUCAACACUUGUUAUUCAGGCACAUGGAGAAUGCUGCUCAGCUGCGUAUGGAAAGAGAAAGAAUCUCCGAAUACACAUUGAUCAAGGGCCAGGAGAGACAUAGGGUUUAAUAAAUGAGAGAUCCGCUCUGUUCUCUCUUUAGGCUGUGAAUGAGAACUUGCCGUUUCAGGUGAUACAUGUUAACAAUAAAGUGGGCCGUUGGAGCGAACAUUUGGACGAAUUGCAAGCCGUGGGAGAAAACAUUGACCCCAGCGAUAUGAUUGUUCAGUUGGAGGUUCGAAGGAUAAGUAUUUUUCGGCUGAGUGAGAGAGCUUUUAGAAACUUUUUUUCAGAAGCAAAACAAUUGAAAAAAACAACUUUUUUUUUUUAAAAACGGACUUUUUUUCAAAAAAUUGAAGCUUUUUACUCUUUAAAACUUUUUGACUGAGUUUUUCAACCGAAUAACCCAUUAUGAUUAACGUCCCUCGUGGAGAAGUUAGAGUAUUCAGGAAGAAUGCGAGACGAAUAAUUACCUAGUGAGAGAGAAAUUGGAAGAAGAGCUGCGGACGCGUACAAAAAGGAUCGAGGAGCUGUCGCAAAUAUCGCAAAUGGCCGCAAUCGAAGAGGCUGACAUCGCGCGGCUCAACGCACAGGUGACGUCCGUCAACGUUUACAGCAGAUUAUUUGCCUCGAUGCUGCAAAGAAAAAGCAGAAAGAAUCACUGUUGACAUUAAUACACAGAAACAGUCAAGAAUGAGUAUCCACAGGGGGAAAAGAAAAGUAUUCGAUGAGAAGAUCUAGACGUGAACAACUGAAAAAAAUAAAAGAAAAAUUUUUAUUUCUAAUGAGAAAAUGACCUUUAAAAAUGAGACAAGGAUCCCCAGUUCCCAUUUUUUUUGAAAUAUUUUUCUAAUCUGAAAUUGUGCACUACAAGUGCUGACCAUACUCAGUUAAUCAAGGAGUUUUUUUCGGCGUUUUGAUUUUAUGAAGAAGAUGAAAAAAAUUUCUAAGAGAGAAAACCUGAAUGUUGCCUCAAAGCUGGUUUUCAGUUUUUAAUCGAACAUUUUGAAACUCUUUUUCCAAAUUUACAAAUUUAUAAAUGCUAAAAAUAAGUACCAAGGGUAGUUUCAUUCAUCGAGCUUCAUGGAGUUCCCAUUCGAUAUCUUUAGAGUUUGUUUUUAGAUAACCGAUCUAACUUCAAAAAUAAAAAGACUCGAGAACGAACGUGAAAAAGCGGAAGAGCCAGUUGAUGAAAACAUGAGGUAAGUCGAGAUUCUCUUGUAGGUUUUAAUUUUGUUUUCUUUUUCAGUGUGUUCCGUCAUCAAGCUGCCGCAUUGGAUAGGAAGAAAUCGGUAACCGCUGAAAAAUUGCAGCAAGCUAGGUUAACUAUUUUUCUUGUGUAAAAAAAUUUUAAAAUUUUUUUUCAUUUAGACAAGAACUGCAAAAAAUGCAAAAAGAAGUAGAGACCCGAAAAGCAGAAUUGCAGAACAAAGUUGGAGGAGAAGUCAUCUCGGCGGUCCAGGUUGGAUUUUCAAAGAUUUAUUGGUGCUUAAAAUUUUUAUUACAGUUCCGGAAAUAUGUUGAGAACUUGAGAGCAAAGACGGUUGAGUAUAAAAGAAAAAGAGCAGAAAUCGACGAAAUGCAGUGUGAAAAAGCGAUUUUGAAGCGUACUGUGGACUUGCUCAAUCAACGCUUCGACCUACUUCGAACGCAAAUUGUGAGAUUCUCAGACUUUUAAAUUUUACAUUCUCUUUUAGUUCUGCGCUUUCCAAACUUAGUUAUUCGAGUCAAUGUAAAAAAAUGUUUCCCUUUAAAUUUUUUGUUCCAGUUGUUACAGUUCUGCUGACUUGUAGGAAACGAUGGGCGGAGAAGUAGUUCAAGUCUUCGAAGUCCCGCUCCAUCAGCAAAGACCUAAAACCGCAGCUCCAAAGAGUGAUAACCCAGAGGUGAAAAAAAUCUUCAAAAUCCCCUCAAGCAAAAACUGCAGGAGCUUCAACAUUCGUUGAAAUCCCUCAUGACCGAUAUUCACACGAAAAAAGAGUUUAUCGAGCAGCUGCGACGGGAAAAGUCUGAGCAGGCCGAAACGGCAAAAGUAGACAAUUCAUAUUUAUAUUUUCCUUUUUUUUUCACUUCAGGAGGCUGCUCAGCUUGAGAGUUCAAUGGAGUCAAAUAUCGAGCAGAAAAAACACGAGUUUGCCGUCGCCAACGAAAAUAUUCUUAAGGCAAAUUUUUAGUAGUUUUUCGAAACUUGAUGAAUUUUUCUUAGGAAGUUAGAAGUUUGGAGAAAGAAUCAACAGAAGCCGAAGAAAUCAUCGCUGUUUAUGAACAAGAAUACGCCGAAGUAUUGGAAGACAAAAACAGUAUGUCCCAAUACAGCAAUCAGGACUAUGAAAACGAGCUCGAGGUUUGUCCAAAACAACUGUUUGUUGCAAAAAAGAUGUACAGUACUGGCCAUAAAGGUAUUUCAAAGUGGUUAUUCGAGCAUAACUUCUCUGAAAGUGACUCAAAUGACUUGAAACUUCGCACAGAUUUUGAAUAGCUACGCAGUAACUAUUUCUCAGAAGGAGAACUCAUUUGUUCAAGUCAGACAGGAUUUGAGAGCAAAAAACCGAAAAUCGUGAAAAUGAAGAUUUUUCUUUAGAGAUUCGAAAAAUCAUAUCUUCAAAGAAACUUCGAUUUUCAAUUAGAAACUUUUUUCCCCAGUAAAACAAGUCUUCGACUUUCCAAAAAACCUAAUCAGCCCCCUAUCAACCCGAUAGCAAGAGCGUAGUGACUUUUUCUCCGAAAGGCCUUUGCGUUUUGACGCCUCGUCAUUCAAAUGGACUAUACGAGGUCAAUUUUGUUCGAGAACACCCUGUAUCAUGUUGAAAAACUUCAAAACGUCCUCAAGAAUAGUUUCACACUGUUUUCCUCAGCUUUCUCACUUUACCCGCUCUUCAGAACUCACUAACUUCUCUGGGACCGAUUUUGAACCUCUGAUUUGAAGCGGUUAUGCUCGUUUUUCAAAAUCAGAACACUCUCGAUUUCUCAUUUCAGAUUCCAAAGCUUUUCCAGAACCUUAAUGAAUGAAAAUAAAAGGAGACUCACUGUGUUUCGCUUACUUAUUCAAAAAGAUAUAGUGAGUUAUAAUGAGUUCCUCCAAGUUCUCAAAACUCCGUUUAAGCAAGUGUUGCUUAGAAGGCUCCAAAUCUUGUGAAAGAUGAUAAAAAAACCCCUUUUUUUCAUAUUUUUUUAAAUGUUUUUAGAUCAUUAGAUAAAUUUGUAACUCCUCUUCCUAGCUCUCAGAUAGAAAAAUAGGCACUGUAAAAUGUUUCUUUAAAUCUUAUGGAAAAAUAAGUUUUUUUGGUCUUGUGAAACUAAUGCUUCAGCAAAAAAAUUAGCAGUCUUUAGAAAGUAGGAGCCUGCAAUUUAUUCAUUAUUUAUUUUCGAUUUCACGAUUGAAAAAGCGACUGAUCAGAUAAAAAAACUCCUUUGAAUGCCCGAAAGUCCAGAAAAAAACUGUUCGAAUCAGAGGUUCAAAAAUCGGUCCCAGAGAAGUUAGUGAGUUCUGAAGAGCGGGUAAAGUGAGAAAGCUGAGGAAAACAGUGUGAAACUAUUCUUGAGGAGGUUUUGAAGUUUUUCAACAUGAUACAGGGUGUUCUCGAACAAAAUUGACCUCGUAUAGUCCAUUUGAAUGACGAGGCGUCAAAACGCAAAGGCCUUUCGAAGAAAAAGUCACUACGCUCUUGCUAUCGGGUUGAUAGGGGGCUGAUUAGGUUUUUUGGAAAGUCGAAGAUUUGUUUUACUGGGGAAAAAAGUUUCUAAUUGAAAAUCGAAGUUUCUUUGAAGAUAUGAUUUUUCGAACCUCUAGAGAAAAAUCUUCAUUUUCACGAUUUUUGGUUUUUUGCUUUCAAAUCCUGUUUGACUCAAGCAAGUAAGUUCUUCUUCUGAGAAAAUGUUACUGCGUAGCUAUUUAAAAUCUGUGCGAAGUUUCAAGUCAUUUGAGUCACUUUCAGAGAAGUUAUGCUCGAAUAACCACUUUGAAAUACCUUUAUGGCCAGUACUGUAUUUGCAUUUCCUGAGAUUAGCAAGUAACUGCUUGUGUUUUCAAAAGUUGUUCAAAAUCGUUUAUUCUCGUGUAUUUUAUUUCUCAUCCUCUUCAGGCUUCGAUCGAGGAAGAAAACGGAAUAUACUCGGAGAUAAAUGCCGACGGCUCAGUCUCAAAAGUUGAUGAAUCACGUCGGCAAGUCGAGCUAUGGCAGUCCCUCAUCGUUAUUUUUGAAGCAAAACUAGAAGCUUUGCAAGAACGUUUGAACACGGGAGCAAGCGAUGGCCCGAUGGGAGACCAUUCCUUUUAUUAA